AUGUCAUCAAUAGAUUAUAAAUUCCAUCCAAAUAAAAAGGCAACAAUAAUAACAGCACCAUUUUCAGGUGGUCAACCAAAAGGUGGAGUUGAAUUAGGUCCAGAAUAUAUUUUAAAUGCUGGAUUUGAAAAACAAAUACAAUCAUUAGGUUGGUCCACAGCAGUAUCAAAUCCACUUUCAGAACAAAAUUUUGAAAUUGAAAAACAAAAUAUAAAAGAUAAAUUUAAUGUUAAAAAUUCCAAAAUUGUAAGUGAUUGUUGUAAACUUAUAUAUGAUACAAGUUUACAAACUUUACAACAAGGUAAUUUACCAUUAGUUUUAGGUGGUGAUCAUUCUAUAGGUACUGCUACAGUUGGUGCAAGUUUAAAAUAUAAUCCACAAACUUGUGUUAUAUGGGUAGAUGCUCAUGCUGAUAUAAAUACACCAAAAACAACAGAAUCUGGAAAUUUACAUGGUUGUCCAUUAAGUUUUUUAAUGGGAAUUGAUUCAGAAUUUUAUCCACCUGAAUUUUCUUGGGUUCCACAAGUUUUAAAAUCUAAUAAAUUAGUAUAUAUUGGAUUAAGAGAUGUUGAUGAAGGUGAAAAAAAAAUUCUUAGAGAACAUAAUAUUGCAGCUUUUACAAUGUAUCAUAUAGAUAAAUAUGGUAUUGGAAAAGUUGUUGAUAUGGCUUUAGAUAAAGUUAAUCCUACUAGAGAAGAUCCAAUUCAUUUAAGUUAUGAUGUUGAUGCUAUUGAUCCUUCAUUUGUUCCUGCUACUGGAACAAGAGUUGAAGGUGGAUUAAGUUUAAGAGAAGGAUUAUUUAUUGCUGAGGAAAUUGCAAAUACAGGAUUAUUACAAAGUUUGGAUAUUGUUGAAACAAAUCCAAUGUUGGCUGAUACUGAAGAACAUAUAUUGGAUACUGUUAGUGCAGCUUGUGCUAUUGGAAGAUGUGCUUUAGGUCAAACUUUAUUAUAA